UGCUGUGCUUGCCGUUUGCUGCUGGAAGAAAAUAUUUUAAUAUUUUUGCCUCAGUUUAUCAUUAUUUGUUCCGCAAUUAUUUUAUGUUUAAUCGUGGUUCUGAAUAGUAGAUGCAGCCGACAGACGAUACGGAUAAAACAUAUUAAUAGGAAUUAGGUCUGAUGAUUGUUGACCUUUUUUGGAAUUUACGUAAUUCAAUGAUUGAUGGUACAAUUAGAAUUUCUUGGUAGGAAGACCAAAGAAGAGAUUAUCUACCUAAAAAAAAUUACCUACUUAUUUAUUAAGAAUGGAAAGUCCAGCGAUACGUUGUCGGAUUCAAUUUAACAAAAUAAUGUCUUCAACAAAUAAGCAACAAAAAAUCCCGCAUUCUUAUAUCAUUAAAGUGAGGACAGCAGUACAAAGAUUGAGAAAACACAAAUGCGAUAAUCUGAAUUUAAAACGCCUGGCGGUAUAUGCUCAAAAACGUAUCUUAAUCAUUUUGGAAAAUGUAAUAUCAAGUGCAAUGACGGGCAAUAAAAAAAAAGUUAGCAUUAAUGAUCUCGAAUCGGCUUUUCAAAAGGCAAAUUUUAACACAAGAAUUAGAUUAAUUACUAAGAAACAAGCUAUCACAACUACCAAAGCAAGCACUGGCUCAAUUCCUAAGGCAAGAUCUAGCACAAUUCCAAGAUCUUCUCCACAUAAUAAUGCUGUACAAGACGUUAAUAUGAUCGAAACUCCAGGUUAUGAAUUAACGAAUGAUGUGUUAUCUCAUAUCAUUCAAACACAGUUUAAUCAAAAAAUUGAUGAUGUUUUGCCUAAGUUGGAUGAUUUAGACAUAGAAGAAGUUAUUGAACAUUUACAAAACAAUCACGACAAACAAGACAAUCUAGAAAAUAAAGACGUUACUACAUAUAAAUUUAAUGUGGAUUCUUUACUAAACGACCCUUAUACAUUGUAAUGUAUUAAACAAUUAAUUUAUUGAA